AUGGCGGAGCAAUUUAAGGCCAAGACGCUGAAACGCAAGAAUGUGAAAGGUCUUGCCCUCAAUGCCACCCCUAAGACUGUCUCCAAGUCCUCGGACGGCAACGGUCAGCUCGAAAAUGCCGACAGGAAUCGAACGGAUACGCUGGAAAUCGGGCUCGAGUUCAAGCUCGACCUGCGCAGUGAGGACCUGAUCACGCUGAAGGAGAUCGGUGCGGGCAAUGGCGGCACCGUCUCCAAGGUCAUGCAUGCCACGACCAAGGUGAUCAUGGCUCGAAAGAUUAUCCGGGUCGACGCCAAGGAGAAUGUGCGAAAGCAGAUCUUGCGAGAACUCCAAGUGGGACAUGAAUGCAAUUCGCCGUACAUCGUCACUUUCUACGGUGCUUUCCAGAAUGAGUCACGAGACAUCGUCCUCUGCAUGGAAUACAUGGAUUGCGGCUCGCUCGACCGGAUCUCCAAGGAGUUUGGUCCGAUUCGGGUUGAUGUGCUGGGCAAGAUCACCGAAUCGAUCCUGGCAGGACUGUGCUACCUGUAUGAGAACCACCGGAUCAUGCACCGCGAUAUCAAGCCCUCCAAUGUCCUGGUCAACUCUCGCGGCAAUAUCAAGCUGUGUGAUUUCGGAGUUGCGACGGAAACUGUCAACUCGCUCGCGGAUACCUUUGUCGGCACCUCGACCUACAUGGCCCCGGAGCGGAUCCAGGGCGGCGCUUACACGGUUCGGUCGGACGUUUGGAGUGUUGGGUUGACCGUGAUGGAGCUGGCUGUUGGCCGAUUCCCCUUUGAUACGAGCGAUUCAUCUGCAGGGGAUCGAGCCAGUGCCGGCCCCAUGGGGAUCCUCGAUCUGCUCCAGCAGAUUGUGCACGAACCCGCGCCGAAGCUCCCCAAGAGCGACGCGUUUCCACCCAUCCUGCAUGAGUUUGUGGCCAAGUGCCUGCUCAAAAAGCCCGAGGAACGACCCACCCCUCGUGAGCUCUAUGACAAAGAUGCAUUCCUGCAGGCCGCCAAACGGACCCCGGUUGAUCUGCAAGAGUGGGCUAUCAGCAUGAUGCGGGCCCAGCAUCGUCGGUCGUAUCUCGCUCCGCCGGCGCCGCAGUCGCUUAACCGGGACGGUAGCAGAGCUACAAGUUCGUCGCGGUCCUCGCAUUCGCAGAAUGUCGCGCCCCAUGAGACGCCAACGUCGGGCGAAAUCCCGCUGAAUAUCUCCAGCGAAAUCUCUUCGCAUGGACACUACUCAACAUCGGGGGGCACGACAACGCCGCGCAACAGCACCCCGAGACACGCGCCCGAACCGCCCUUGCCGCCCCUUGAACAUCUGUCGUUGGAAACAAAGGACAUGAACGGUGAAGGUCGUCGGCCUUCGCGGUCGUACGCCGCUGAUCCUCACUCUGCGGUGGACGCCGCGCCGCAGCCCUACUUGCCGCGCGUGUCGGGCUCUUCUACGAGGGCGGGCCUGCAGACUGGCACUCUGCCCCCGGGAGCACCGCCGACAGGGCCAUUGCCUACGCCACCAGCUGAGUCGCGGCGAAGUCAUCCGAGAGCAUGA